AUGGCAAGCCAACAAAACGAAAUACCCCAGGAGGGUACCUCCGGCACUGCCGGAGGAGAAUCCCUCCCCGUGGCCACGGCCGCGGGCUGCCCCGCGUAUUCUGGGGGGGGCAAGGACUGCUUUUCCUAUACGACGACUCAGGCUAGAAUAAUGGAAACGAUUGCACGUGAUCUGGAUUCGGAGGUGACGAGGCGCCCGUCGCUGGACGGCGUCAAACUGAAAGAGGCGAGAGUGCGGCUGGAACGCUUGCCGAUCGCGGCACUCAGCGAUACAUCGGAGGGAAAGACAAGAUGUGACAGGAUGGAGUGUGAUGGUGGAGCAGCGUCCGAUUCGGACUGCAGCGUCACCGUCGCUGCCGAAAGGGGGCCGAUUUCGGAUGCCAUGGCAGCGAUGCUCGGCGCCAAACGGCCCCGCCUCAGUGAGGGGUCCACGGAUGAGGAACGGACGGCGUCCCCAGUGACGGCAAGGUGGCGCCAACAAGAGAAGAGGGCCGCGGCCAAGGCUCGCGCCAAACAAAAGGAGGAAGAUCUGAAGGACGCUGCGGUAUCAAUUAAGGAAGCCGUGGAAGUCCUCGGGGCCCGUACACUAUCGGAGGAGACAUGCCAGCUCCAGGCGGACAACGCCCGCCUGCGGGCCGAGAUGGAUGCACUCCAUAAGGAGUUAGCAGCUAUAAAGGAGGAUCUGCGGAAACGGGGUUCCGCAGUCUCCUCCUCGCUUGAGGACAGACUCCUCCCGGAGAGGAACCUGCGGCCGCCUCUUGCGGCCGAUAAGAAGAGGGACGGGAGCACGUACGCUGCCAAGCUUGCGGGGCAGCCGACGGUGCCCGCUAAAGGAAGAGACCAGGGAGCGGCCAGGCAGGCGACGCAGAAAGUGCCAGCCCAGCCAGGCACCAGCGGCACCCAACGAAAGGCUCCCGCUGCGCCACCGCAGCGCCCGCCGGGCCCCGCCCAGAGCCGGCCCGAGACACAGGGCACGAGCGCCCCCUCAACCGCUACUGCGGAAAAGGGGAAGAGCAAGAGAAGGAGAAAGAGGAGGAAGAAUAAGAAAAAGAACCCACCGCGACAAAAGGAGAAGGCUGGUGCCGCCAAACUCCACGCGCCCCGGUCGUCUGCGGUGGUCAUCACGCUGCAGCCGGGUGCGUCGGAGAGAGGUGCCACCUAUGCAAGCGUCAUUGCCUCGGCAAAGGAGAGGAUUAACCCGGCCGAGCUUGGAGCCCAGGGCGUUCGCCUUCGGAAGGCUGCCAACGGGGGUCGCAUUUUUGAGUUCCCAGGCGCCUCCAGUGGCGAGAAGGCGGACUCCCUGGCCCAAAGGCUGCGGGAAGUCCUGGAUAGUGAAGUCGUUCGCGUCUCCCGGCCUACUAAGUCGGUGGCCCUACGGGUGUCAGGCCUGGACGACUCUACCACCAGUGCCGAGGUGGUCGCCGCGAUUGCUGCAGCGGGAGGAUGCCCCGCCGAGCAGCUGCGGGCCGGCGUGAUGUCCACCGGCCGCGACGGACUGGGAUCAGUGGUUGUCCAGUGUCCCGUCGCGGCUGCGAAAAAGAUCGUGACCGCUGGUCGUCUUCUGGGCUGGGUGUCCGCCCAGGCUAGGGUGCUGGAUGCCCGGCCAAUGAGAUGUUUCAGGUGCCUGACUCCCGGGCACCUAUCCGGCCAGUGCCAGGGGGUGGACCGCUCCGGACUCUGUUUCCGGUGCGGUCAACCAGGGCACAAGGCCCGCGGAUGCACCGCUGCGCCUCACUGCGUGGUCUGCGCUGCGGCCGGCAUGCCGGCGGAGCACCGAGUCGGCAACAAAGCCUACGUCUCCCCACCCAAGGGGAAGAGAAGUAAGAAGGGAGGUGGGGACGGUCAGAACCCGACGGUCGGACAGCCCACUGCCUCACCCCUACAGGCGGCACCGCCGCAGGCCGAGGAGGUUGCUAUGGUCGUGGAAUAA